GUAUGCAAAUCAUGAGUAUAUCGGUGAAGCGGACGCGGGCUGGUUAGCGUCUGGGCUAGCGCGCGUCAGUUGUGCGUUCAUUCGCAGUGAUGGUGUCCAGCUGGGGACACUGCGUGUAGUCUUUUGAUAGAAGUUCUGUUCGAUGCCAGUAACAUUUUUAGUGCAGUAAUUGGUGUAAUUGGUCCAUAGGGUGUAGUUCUUUAAACUACACGCUGUCUGUAUGUGUUUCUCCUUUGUUUGUUAUGAUGCACAUUCGGUUAGCCUUUCUGCCUCUGUGGUUAAGAAAACAAAUUUUGUUUGAAUUACUCGCACGCCUAAAUGAGCAAAUGCAAUUUACUCAGUAGUACAUUGCCCAGAGAUAAACUGCAUGAUAGAACAUUUUGUUCUUGGCGAUGGCUGUAACCAGAGGGAAUACAACAAUGCAAAUGCCCAUUAAAAGAUGAUAAAGUAACGGGGGUGUCCAAACCUGCUCCUAUAGGACCACUGUAGAGUUUAGCUCCAACCCCAGUUAAACGCACCUGAACAAGCGUAUCGAGGUUCUACUAGUCAUACUAGAAACUUCCUGGCAAGUGUGUUGAGGUACAAGAUGUCUGAUAAACACAGUCCCCAUACCAUCCAGCCUGCUUCUCAGGGUGGAGUGUUUACUACAGACAUGCUCCAUUAGCCACAGUCAUCUGUGUCAGUAUGGAGACCGCCACGGGAAGUGAGGUUGUAGGUGCAGUAGGGGGUCCACAGUCAGACUCUCUUUCCCAUGACAGCCCUCAACCUCAGUCACCCCCUUCUGUGAAAAUACGGAAGACGGCUUUCAGGUUUUUUGGUGGUCGGAAGAGCAUCUGUGUUCUUCCCAGCUUUUUCGGUGGCCGUGGCAGAAGUCAAAGAAAGGGGUCAUCAAAAACAAGUGUUACGAAGAGCCAAACAUACGAUGGGGUGAGCAGAGCAGGCUGGGAAGAUUUAGGCAGAGGUAAUAGUGAAGCGGCCUCAGGGGACUUUGAGUUUUGCGCCUCCAGUGACCCUCAGAAAUCACAGGAGGAUCACGGGAAGUCUCAGUCUCUACCACGACAGCGCAGAGGCCUUCGGGGUCUUUUCAACAGUAUUCGGAGACACAGGAAAAGCAAAAAUGUUGAAGUAGAAAAGCGCGAGGCACUUGAAAUGUCUUCAAGCUUCCAUGCCGAAAUAGUGCCUGGUGCCCUGUCGAGCGUCAGUGACCGUAGCGAAGAGUUGGUGCCAGAUGUGCCUAAUCAAUCCACAGGCAGUGAAUGCGAACUGCCAUUGGCUGCCACUGAAUGUACGAAAGAUGUAACGCUAGUGCCUGAGAAAAGGAGGAGCAGAGUGGAGGUGGAUAAGAGGAAGAAAGCGAAAGAAGAGGAGAAUAAGGGGCAGGAGAUACAAAAUGCGAGACGGGAAGGACUGACGACAUAUCAUCAACCCUUGUGUGCCGAGUCAGAACUGGACCGUUUAGCUGAGCAGAAUGUGGACGUUCCUGACGGGGAGCCUCCUGCUGUAUCCUGCUCCUCUGAAAACUUAAUCUACGGUGACGUUUCGUCAUUGAAAAGCUUUGAUUCGCUGACAGGUUGCGGAGACAUCAUCGCAGACCAGGAUGAUGUCAGUGUCGCCGAGAGCUCGGUGUCUGCCGAGAGAGGCAGCCGAAACGCAGGAAAACGGAGCUCGUGUUUUGUCACGUAUCAAGGUGGAGGGGAAGAGAUGGCAACUCCCGAUGAGAUAGACGCGGAUUACUUGCAGAGCUUAUGGGAAUCUGAAACUAGUAAUGAAGUCUGCUAUGUCCCCUCAGACAUGGGCUCGGAUAGCCCUUCGCUUACUCCCGAUCAGCAAAUCAGCUCCAUCCGUGCCACCUCCAACAGCAGCCCACUGGGAAUCACAGAAACGGCCCUCACUCCUGUUGAUCUCUUGAGCCCACAGAGCGAUCGGCAGGAGUCGGUUCCCAACAGCGAUGAGGGAUACUAUGACUCCACUACGCCAGGUAUGGAGGACGAGAGUAGAGAGCGUCCACACCAGGAAAGGCUUCCACGGGACAGCUACAGUGGUGAUGCCCUUUAUGAACUUUUUGAACCUGACGAUCGUCUACUCAGCCCUGCUCUUCCUCCCAAGGAUGCCCAUUCAUUUGUUGGCGCAGAUAAGAGUCCAACAAACCCUCUGUACGCCCUGGCAUCCUCUGCCCUAGAGACAGGAUCAAUGGAGACGGAGGAGGAGCGUCUGAGCAAGAUCCAGCAUGCCCUUCUGUGCUGCGAGCUCCAGAAUCUCAGAAGCCCAUCCAAAGAUCAGCUUCUGUUCCACACAGACUGCUUCUACGAUGAUUCGAGCCUUUCCACAGGCAACAGUAAGAUAGCUUUGGAAGAAUCCAUGAAUCAGUGCUAUCCCCAAUCGCCACCGAGAUCCCAACCUGUAAAAGAGCCAGUCCCUCUCAGCAGGGGUCAGAUCCAGGGCACUCCAUUGUUUGCAGAUUCAGGGUUUAGUCCACAUGUCGCUGAGACAACCAGACGCCAGCCUCAAUCUGAGAAUCAGAGCCCAUUACUACCCACCAGAGGCUGCAGUCAGUCUCAAGAAGAGCUGAUGGUCUGCUUCUCCCAAGCACUCGUAGAUUUCACAAAGAACACUCGGCUUUACUGCAACUCAACUGAGAGUCUUGAUGGCUCAGAGUCGAGUUCUCCUUUCGGGCCGAGUCUGAGUGCCCUGCCUGCCAUUGUCACGUUCGACGUGGUCGAUAUGGAGAACGAGGGUGAAUGUGAGCAGCAGACCGAGCUUGUUGAGGAGGAGGAAGAAGAGUUGGCAUCUCCUUACGAACCCUUCGAGGAUGAUGGCUGUUACCUUCAGCAAGAUGCUUUUGCUGAGUGUGACCAGCGUACUUUUGAUGCCUACGAACAAAGUCUCUUGUUAAGUAACGCUUGGGGCAUUGCUAGUCUUCCUCGCCACCUCAGUUUGGGUCGACCUUGUCCUCCCGUCCCUGCCCCAUUAGCACUAAACCGUCGCAGUCGCUCUCUUGACACGGACAGUCUGGAGUUUCAGACGAGUGAACUUUACACCAACUGUGACUCUGCGUUUUCACAGCGUAGGACUGCUGAUUGUAGUGAUAAGGCAUUACCGCGACAGCCCUGCAGGGUCACUGUUGAUAGUUGGAGGCGGGGCUAUGGGCGGAAUUUUGAGUCCUCCAACUCUGCUCAGCAAGAAGCGAAGUUGUCACACGUGGGCCAAUCAACUGUAAGACCUUCACAUCUCCCCCUAAAGAACAACUGCCGUAAUCGUAAUCUCCCUGGAUCUGCUAGAGCCGAUGGUGAUGGGGAGAUUUUGUUUGGGGGAGGAGAUGCGCUUUACCCCUGCAGUUACCCCCCUACAGGUAUGCAGUGGAAGAAUCGUCCUGUCGGGGUCACUCAAGGUGUGCCCCACCUUCGCUCUGAGCAGUCGGCAGACCAUCGAGAAAUUCCCAUAAAGAACCGUAGGGGGGAACUUGAGGGUGGCUUCACCCCUGCACCACCCAAAUUAUAAAAAAUCUCUCCCACUCCAAGUAAAACAAUAAUACAAAUAGACAAGUCUCGUCACCAAAGACGAUGCUGGAUGUUUACUGACAGUCUUGAAUUGUAUCCCACUCACACACACUGUAGUUGCUGUUACUGCCGGAUAAGCUAUUGUAUUCUUUUGUGAUGUACUGUGUAGUUUUUGAGCUAUGUUUUAGUUUCUGUGAGUUUAAGAGGACGUGUAUUUGUACCUGUAUUUGUUACAGCAUUACUCAGCAGGUGCUGUCUAUAUAUAGAUGCCAUAUUGCUUUGCAUUUAUGUAGCCAGGGAUUGCUAUUGAAAUUGAUCCGUUUGGUUUUGGAUAUGUUUUAGUUAUAUUUGCAAAAAGACGACAACCUAUAAAUGACUUAUUUUAGCAUAAGAAUGAAAACCUUCAUUAGCACAUUGAAACCAAUAUCAUCUUAGAAUGUUGUUCACGUAUCAAACUCCGUUUGAACAAAUCCUUUUUAAUACAACAUUUUUUUCUUUUAAUCUCAAAUAUGCUGUAUGUUUUAAUGUUUAUAUCUUGGAACUUUUUAAACAUCUUGUUUAGCUAGUCACACAUUUCUUUUAUAUGGUAUUUUUUGUUUUUGGCAUAGCACAUGCUACUUUCAUAGGAAAAAUGCCUGUUAAAUAUGGGGCAUUUUGGCCGGCUUCCUUGAUACACUUCUGUCCUUUAUUUACUGAAGGUUUAAGGAUCUGAGUAUAGAAUCUGGUUUGUUUCCUUUUGUGCUGCUAAACAGUAUGUGAUUGUUUGGGAUUACAUUAUGUACUGUAUUAACUGUAUGGAUAUCUGCAUAUUUGAGUAUUCUCUGCGUACAUUCAAGUCAGAUCUGGCCUAAAGUCUUCAGUAAAUAUGGUCUGUGUAGUUGAUAAUCAAAGGGUACUAUCUUGAGUCAUUUGAGACAGAAUGUCAGUAAAGCCUUUAAUGACGUUAUGUGAUUGUUCUGUGCUUUUGUACUACAGUCACGAUCAUUACCCUCAUCAGAAUGCCAAAGUCUGAUUAAUGCACUUACCAUUUUUACCAGUGCAUCUAUUCAGCUCUUAAGAAUGAAUCAACGUUCGUGUUUCCUUGCAGAUAAAUCCAGUGCUGUUCUAUAAUUAAUGUUUUGUUCUUUUUUUCUUGCAUUUGGUACAUUUGUGAUUGAUUUUCCAUACCCCAUUUUUUAGUGGUGUCAGAAAAACCAAAAGCAUUUUUCCCCGUUUUGUAUUUUAAUACACAAGGAUGUACAUACACAGACAAAGAAUGUUAGAACAUCUCAGUAAAACUCGACAUUCAUUAGCCUCAGUGUUGUCAUUUUCAAAAGGUUUAAACAUAUCAACCACGUCACACCCUGGACACAAUCUGUUUCCACACAGGAAUCAACACUGACUGGAAAUAAACCCUUAAUGGACAUCA